UUGGCUGAAGUGUGGUUGAAGUGUGACGGAGCAAUCGCUGCAGCUUCCGCUGAUUGACAUGACGGAUGCGUUCUCGGCCUUUGACGUGAACCACGACGGCAAGUUGAGCCGAGAGGAGUUCAAUGCUAUGAUGGCUGGACAGGCGGCGUACACGACUGAGGGGGCAGGGUGCUACACCGGUGCCAAUUACCUCACACAGCCAGCUUACACGGCCCAACCCAUUCCCGUGAGCUAUGCUUCAGCUCAACCAGCCUCCGUGACCUAUGCCGCUGAAGUGCCCCAGACCACAGCGGCGACGGCGACGACGGCUCAGGCUGCUCAAGUGACCUACGCACCCGCUCAGGCGGCUCAAGCACCAGCAUACGCACAAGCAGCACAGUUGUACGUCCAGCCGCAGGCCGAAACAGCUCAAGCCCAAGCAGGUGUGACCUAUGCUGCAGCAUCCUACCCUGCUCAAUAUCAGACACAGCCAGCGGAACCAGUGCCUGUGACCUACGCAGCGCAACCGGCUGAAACCUAUGCCGCACCUCAGGCCGCUGAACCUGUACCAGUCACGUACUCUGCACCAACUGAGAUGGCAGCACCAAGCUACACCACUGCACAGCCUGUGCAAGCCGCACAGGUGGCAGCAUCGUAUCAAAUUGCAGCUCCAGCUCAAAUGGCUGCACCUUCAGCCUUUGCACAGAUUGACGCCAAUAAAGAUGGAGUGAUCUCCAGACAAGAGUUUGCUGCAGCCAUGGCCGGCCAGCCAACAACCUACACCGCGCAGCCUCAGUUGCAGGUGCAGCCCCAAAUGCAGGUGCAGCCCCAGAUGCAGGUGCAGCCCCAGAUCCAAAUGCAGCCGCAAUUCCAGGUGCCGCAAUUCCAGGCGCAGAUGCCGGGUGUGAAUAGUUAUGUGCCCAUGCCAGCAGCACCCGAACAAUCUUUGAGCUAUGUUGCGCCAGUACUUCCACCUCCUCAGAUGGCUCAAACCCCUGUGCCAGUGUAUGCGGCUCCAGCGGCAGCAGCAGCAGCAGCAGCAACAGUUACACAGCCAGAGGCAGCACCAGCACCGGCAGCAGGAAAGAUGCUCUAUGCAGCACCUCUUUUAGCUGCGAGCACCUCUCCUGCGAGUGGACCUUCGACAGCUGCUGGAACACCUCCGCCAGGUGCAGUUUAUGCUGCACCUCAGACUUCCUUUGUGCCUCCUCCGGCACAACCAUCUCCCUUUCAGAUGCCCCAAAUGCCCAGUUAUGUUCCUCUUCAGAUGCCAGCUGUAGAUGUCCCAUUGUUCGGAGCUCAGCCCACCAUGUUUCAACAACUGGACGUCAACCAAGACGGGGUUCUCUCGCGAGAGGAGUUUGCAGCCUAUGCUGGGUUCAGCCAACCAGCUUACUCCAGUGCACAGCCGGCACCCAUGUUUGGGGGGGCAUCCAACUAUGUGAGGGCCAACGAGCUGUCCUUCACCCCACCCAUUCAAUAUUCAGCCUCCGCUCAGAUGCCAGCUCCAACUGCCUAUGAGCCACAGCCUCAGAUCUACUCCGCACCGCAGCCGCAGCCCAUUUAUGCGCAACCUGCCAGCACUUAUCAGCCUGCACCACAAGCGGCGCCUGCGCAAACCACCUAUGCACAGCAAGCCAGCUUUGCUCCAGCAACAUACACCGCAGCCCCACAAACCUACACAGCUCCCCCCAUGCAAUUGGCGACCGACUAUGCCGCACCCCCAACGGUGGCCCGCACCGACUUUGCAGCUCUCUCGCAGCCCUAUUCCUUGACGCCACCGGUGGAGUAUGCACCGAUGACGAUGGCUCCGGCCCAGUAUUCGACACAACCAGCCCAGUAUUCCAUGGAAUACUCAGCAGCACCUACUCAGUACACUACUGCUGCAGUAGCACCAGCACAAUAUACAGUUGCAGGUCAGUCCUAUGCUCCUCAGAUUCUGGAAGCACCCGGACAGUAUUUGGACCAGUACGCCAUGGCACCGGCGCAGUUUGCCCAAUACUCUCAGUACACAGCAGCACCAGCUCAAGCCACUGCAGCUCAAUACGCUGCAGCACCAGCUCAGAGCACUGCAGCUCAGUACACUGCAGCUCCAGCCCAGGCUGCAGUAGCGCAAUAUACUGCAGCGCCAGCCCAGAGCACUGCAGCACAAUACACUGCAGCACCAGCUCAGGCUACUGCAGUUCAAUACUCUGCAGCACCACCCCAGACUACUGCACCGCAGUACAUGUCGCAACUGGGCGGUGGCCAGUACAUGACUGUGGGAAAUCCAGCCGCCAACUACGGUGGAACUGCCUACAUGCCCUUUGGAGCCAAACGUGAGACCACAGAGUGCUACUCACUCCGUGCAAGACAUCCUCCGCUGCAGGAUGUCUUUGCGCAGAUGGAUGUGAACGGGGACGGCGUCCUAUCUCGAGAAGAGUUUAUGGCCAGUAUUCAUAGGUGAUGAGGCGAGAUGCUACUAGUGUCGUACAAUGGGACAACUUCGACACUGUAAAUAGAUCUAUUUGCCUGGCUCCCUCGCCUUUGGAGCGGCGUAGCCGCCGUCCUUUUUGAGAAAUACCGGGACGGACGCCGCAGCCAAUCCCGCGGGGAACUAUGAAACCGCGCGUAUCGUCGCGAUAGCUUUCAAGCGCUUGGUCAAGCCACCUGGAGCUUGACGGUUCAAUGCUCACCUAGAAAUGCCGGAAACACUUGAUGAGGGAGGCGUACUUUGAGCCUUG